AUGGGCAAGUGGCGUUAUGGCGUCGUUCUAGACGCUGGAUCAUCUGGUACCCGUGUACACGUUUAUCGAUGGUUGCGCAAUACUGUAGCGCGCAAGUAUGCGCACCCUGAUGAGCUGAAAUCCUUGCCGGAGAUCAAAACAAAAGAGGAUUGGGUCAAGAAGAUUCAUCCCGGUGUCUCGUCUUUUGCCGAUAGACCAGAAUCUGUUGGAUCAGAGCACUUGGAAGAACUUCUUCAACAUGCGAAAAGUAUCGUACCUAAGGAGGACGCCAAGGAUACUCCGAUCUUUCUUCUCGCCACAGCUGGCAUGCGUCUUCUCGGAAAUGUGGACCGACAGAUGCUUCUUGACCAAAUAUGCUCCUACGCGCGUACGAAUACCGAAUUCCUACUACCUGAUUGCAGUGCCCAUAUUCAGGUGAUCCCGGGUGUCACAGAGGGACUUUACGGAUGGAUUGCGACGAAUUAUCUGAUGGGCACUUUUGACUGGCCCGAGAAACACGAUCAUGGGAAAGGACAUUCUACCUACGGAUUUUUGGACAUGGGUGGGGCCUCUGCUCAGAUUGCAUUUGCGCCAAACGCCACAGAAACGGAGAAGCAUGCGAACGAUCUCACCCUUCUGCGACUGCGGAAUAUCGAUGGCUCAGUACAAGAACACCGAGUCUUCGUAACCUCAUGGCUAGAAUUUGGCGUGAAUGAGGCUCGGAGACGCUACUUGGAAGCUUUGCAGUCCGCAACAAAUCCAUAUAUUCGAGAGUUGCCGGAUCCAUGUCUUCCAGAAGGUCGACGCACUACCUUGGAUGGGAAGGAGAUUUUUGGGAACGACGUAGAGUCAUUCUUGAUAGGCACAGGAAGGUUUGACGAGUGUCUUCGUCAGACCUUUCCCUUGCUGGACAAGAACGCUCCAUGCGCAGACCACCCAUGUCUUCUCCAUGGCAUCCAUGUUCCGGCUAUCGACUUUGAUGUCAACCAUUUCAUCGGCAUCAGUGAAUAUUGGCAUACUACUCAUGAAAUUUUCGAGAUGGGCUACAAAGAAAAGGCAUACGACUUCAACACCUAUCAGCAGCGAGUACAGACGUUCUGUUCUCAAGACUGGCAUUCCAUCGAGACUGGCAUUGAUGACCACACAUGGGGCAAGAAGAUCACUCGCGAAAGGGCAUCCGAGAUAUGCUUCAAGUCAUCAUGGAUCAUCAACAUGCUGCAUGAUGGCAUUGGUAUCCCCCGUGUUGGCCUGGAAGAAACUUGGAGUGAUCACAACGGCACUGAAGAAGUUUUGUCUCAUGCUAAAGAGAAGGGCUAUAUUGAUGCUUUCCAACCUAUGAAUAAGAUUGACUCAACCGAAGUCAGCUGGACCCUUGGCAAGAUCGUUCUAUAUGCGUCAUCCCAGGUGCCCAUGGAUCUUGAGGAAGAGUCUAUGCCAGUGGGCUUUGGCAGCAAUGUUCCCGGUGUCCCUGCGGACUUCCAAUACCCUAGCGUUGCGCUCCUUCCUGAUGCUGAUGGCUUCCACAGUGAACACUGGCAUGAUUCCCUGUUUGAUGGGGACUCACCGCGUCGAGUACCUGGUUUCCUCCUGUUCUUGUUUAUCGUUGCUCUGGCAGGCUUUUUCCUGUGUGGACGCAGUCGUCGCCUGCGGGUAUACCACCGCAUCAAAAGUGUGAUCCGUCGUGGUGGACCUACUCAUCCCAACCACCCCAAGAAACGGAAGCCUUUUGGCGGUAUGCUUCCAUUCCUCAAUAGUACUGGACCCUCCUACGAACUUGUGGAGGAAGGUGCUCAGGAGUUUGAACUGGGCGUGACCGACUCCUCUGAUACUAGUGAUCUGGAUGGUGGUCGAGCCUCUGAGGCUGACCUCAUUAAUCCGACUCUCAAGCGAGCUUCCAGCUGGAGCAACACUAACCCUCCUACUUUGAAGUAUACCCUCGACAACAGUUCUUCAGGAACGAUUGGUCUUGGCAUCAGUGGCGGUUCAGGAAUUGCUAUGGAUCGGGCUGGCUUGGUGGUGAGGACAGAGAGCCGAGAUCAUCUAGCUCCCGUUGCAUUGGGGCCUACCACGAAUGGACGUCGAUCUAGAAGUGGCAGCCCCACGCGAUCCCACCAGAAAUCACCAGUCAUGAGUCCAUUGGCCGAUGAGUAA